CACUGUGCGGCGUCGGGUGGGGUCAGGUCUAUAUCACGCGCAAUCAGCUGACGCUCCGCAUUGCAGACUACAGAGUCCAGCGGCGCUAUGUACGCGCUCUUCCUCCUCAGCAGCCUGCUGGGCUUGGCUCUUGCCAGCCCUGUUGCAGACCUGAGAAAAUGCUCCGGAGGCUCGGGGGUGCUGUGUCAGGACCUCAAGACAGCGGCUGACUGUGGGGCGGUGCGGCACUGCCGGCAGACCGUGUGGAGCAAGCCCAGGGUGAAGUCCCUCCCGUGCGACAUAUGCAAACAGGUCAUCACUGCGGCUGGCGACAUGCUAAAGGACAACGGCACUGAGGAGGAGAUCCUCUCUAACCUGGAGAAGGUUUGUGACUGGCUCCCGAACCCCAACCUGUCCACCUCCUGCAAGGAGGUGGUGGACUCCUACCUGCCUGUCAUCCUGGACAUGAUUAAAGGGGAAGCGAGCAAUCCUGGCGAGGUGUGCGCCGCCCUUAGCCUCUGCGAGUCUCUUCAGAGGCACUUGGCGGAGCUGAACCGCCAGAAGCAGCUCGAGGCCAACAGGAUCCCGGAAGCCGACCUGCCUGAGGUGGUGGCGCCCUUCAUGGCCAACAUCCCUCUCCUCCUGUACCCUCAGGACGGACCCCGAAGCCAGCCCCAGGCCCAGCCAAAGGCCAGCGGAGAUGUCUGCCAGGACUGUGUGCAGAUGGUGACUGACAUCCAGACCGCUGUGAGGACCAACUCCACCUUUGUCCAGGGCUUGGUGGAGCAUGCCAAGGAGGAGUGUGACCGUCUGGGGCCUGGCAUGGCGGACAUGUGCAAGAAUUAUGUCAGCCAGUAUUCUGAAGUUGCCGUCCAAAUGAUGAUGCAUAUGCAGGACCAGCAACCCAAGGAGAUCUGUGCACUGGUCGGGUUCUGUGAUGAGGUCAAGGAAGUGCCCAUGCAGACUCUGUUCCCGGCCAGAGUGGCCAGCAAGAAGGUCCUCUCUUCCCUGGAGCUGGUGGAGCCCCUUGAGCGGGAGCUGGUCUGGGCCCAGGAGAGUGUCACGUGCGAGGCGUGUGUGUACGUGGUGAAGAAGGUGGUCGAGUUGAUUGACAACAACAGUACUGAGGCAAAAAUCAUCCAUGCUCUGGACAGUGUAUGCUCAGUGUUGCCUGCGUCUAUGUCAGAGGUGUGCGAGGAAAUGGUGGAAACGUACGGCACCUCCCUCAUGUCGCUCCUUCUGCAGGAGCUGAGCCCCAAGCAGGUGUGCAUUGAGCUCCGCCUCUGUAUGUCUGGCAAGGGCCGCCUUGGCCAGCCCAAGCUGCCUGCGCUGCGCAGACUGCACUUGCCGGCUGCACACGUGGCUCCGCUUAAGGAUGGUGUCUUCUGCGAGAUGUGCAAGAAGCUGGUUGGCUACCUGGAGCACAAUCUGGAGAAAAACAGCACCAAGCAGGAGAUCCUGGGUGCACUGGAGAAGGGCUGUAGCCUCCUGCCUGACCCCUACCUGAAGCAGUGUGACGAGUUUAUGAGACAGUAUGAGUCCUUGCUGGUGGAAAUCCUUGUGGAGGUCAUGAACCCAUCCCUUGUGUGCCAGAAAAUUCAAGCCUGCCAGUCUGCCCGGAAGCUUCCCUUGGGAACUGAGAAGUGUGUGUGGGGCCCUAGCUACUGGUGCCACAACAUGGAGACAGCAGCGCAGUGCAAUGCUGUGGAACAUUGCAAACGUCACGUGUGGAACUAGGCCUCCUUCCUGGAGAAACUGUAGCACCUUUCCUCCUUGUGUGUCUGGGAUAAUGAGCACACAGAUCUGUAUGACUUUGUUACAAACUAGGUUCCUUCCCUUGACCCCCAUUUCUCUCCCUCAUUGUAGCAUUGCUGUCACCAUGGAGGCACUAUAGCCGCUUUCAGUGUCCUCUGUAUGCUGGAAGGCUGAGGACACACUGGGCUGAGGUCUCACCUGCCCUUGCAUGGCACCUGCUGGGGGAGUUCUCAGUGCCGGCUGGGACCGUCUCCCAAGCCCUGAGAGGUGCCCGGCUCUGGGGUCACCUCCUACCCUACAGAGGGACAGUCCCCCUUUCCCGCUGCCAAACAAAGGCAGUUUCAUAUGAAAGAUUAGAAGCUCAGCAUAAUUAGGUUUUGAAAGUAACACAAUCUUCUCUGUACUAGCACAGAGUUUGGGAGUAGCUGUUGGUGGUUCAGAGGACACUGGUGGGCAGCAGGUUUGCUGUCCUGGGUCAACCUUUGAUUCUGCUUUCCUGUCUUUUCCUAUGGAUGCCUUGUUUGAGCUUCUAGGGGUAGGGUGGGGCGGGGAGGGGCAAUUGCCUGACCGUAACUUGCUGGCUGUGCUCAGGGCCCAUAGGCCUGGCUUUUGUGUGAGGCCUUCGCAUAGUGGUGACCACUGUCUGCUCAUUCGUGUGUUGCUGCUAGGGCCCUGCCUUGUGCUCGGCAUCCCCUGGCCCCCCUUCCCUUUCAAAUCCAUGUGGAUGACAAGCUCCUAAGCCUCUGCCUGGUAGAGGGUGACAAGCUGAGGCACCUGCAGGGUGGGUACUGGCUGGGUCUUGGCUGCUGCCUGUCUGGUCCCUGAAGCUUCUCUUCCAUUUCUGGUUGCCAGGAGACUGCAAACAAAGCCAGCAAGCCAGCCACUUGCUGUUAAAUGGACUUAGUGAUUUUCAUUUGUUUUGCACUAAAGUUUCUGUGAUUUAACAAUAAAGUUCUGUUAACAAGA